AUGAAUAGUUUAAUUGAGCGAAACGAAGUUUAUCCACGAACCGCACAUGAAGCCAGUCGAACAGCAAAACAACUCAACACUUUGUUGGAAUCCUUUUUUGCUCGUAGUAAAGAUGACCCAAUCUCUGAGGAGAAGGCUGAUGAAUCAGAAGAAUCGUUAAGUAAAAUAGGCAAUCUUAAAGCCAAUUACCGCUUUGGUGAUUAUGGAUCUUACAAAGAUAUGCUGAAAUAUCUUCGGACUAUUGAAUUUCACUAUCCACAUAUUACCAAACUUAUUCGAAUCGGUGAAACUCACGAGGGUGUACCGAUUGAAGGACUUAAGAUUGGUUAUCCCGUAAGUAACGUAGAUAAAAGAGCUAUUUGGAUUGAUGGCAAUAUCCAUGCUCGAGAAUGGGCAACAAGUCACACAGCACUUUAUUUCAUUAAUCAGUUAAUUUCAAAGUUUGGUAAUGAUCAAUCGGUGACACAUUAUUUGAAUUCACUCAAUAUUUAUAUUUUCCCCUGUUUGAAUCCUGAUGGUUAUGAAUAUACGCGUUCCAGACCGAUACCACAGGUGAGAUUGUGGCGAAAAAAUCGUUCGCCUCAAAAAUGUAUUCGAUCUUUAUGGGGUGGGCGACGAUGUUGCGAAGGGGUCGAUUUGAAUCGCAAUUUUGAUUUUUAUUGGGCUGAAAUUGGUUCAAGCGAUAAUCCAUGCUCACACUUAUAUCAUGGAGAAAGUGCCUUCAGUGAACCUGAAACCAGAGCAGUGAAAGAUUUUUUGCUCUCUCCAGAAAUGAAAGGUAAAUUAGAUGGAUUUAUCACACUUCAUACUUACGCACAGCUAUGGAUUCAUCCUUACAGCCAUAAAGUGGAGACAUAUCCAGAAAAUCAUGUUGAAUUGGCGCGUACAGCGAAAAGAGCAGUGGAUAGGUUGAAACAGGUAUAUGGAACGGAGUAUAGAAUUGGCACUGGCGCGAAUAUUUUAGCUCCUGCUUCGGGUGGCUCUGAUGACUGGGCAAAAGAUGCACUUGGAGUAAGAUUUGUUUAUCUGCUCGAACUUCGACCUGAACUGGAAUUAAUAAAUGGAUUUAUUCUGCAUAAGAAGGAGCUAAUCCCGACAGCAGUUGAGACAUGGGAAGGUGUUCGGGCAGUCAUCGAUGACAUUAUUAAAGGUAUUAGUUUGCAGUCAGAAAAUAUAUUGCUACCACAAGAAAGAAUUCCUAUGGUUGUUAUGGGCAAAAUUAUGCGAAAUAUUACUAAAGAAAAUUUAGCUUUGGAAGCAAACAAUAAGCCUCGACGUGGAGCCGGUAUUGCUCGUCGUUUAGCAGAAUCCACCAUCACUAUCGAUCAAGAGGAAAAAUAUCAAUCUGGUGAAUCAACUGCGGUACAUUAUCCAAAUAUAUUAUCAAAUGUUAGCUCAUUUUCUAAUAUUCGAAUCAACGGCAUAUCCAAAGCUCUCAAUACCGAAAACAAUUUCUUAAUUAUGAAUGCCGCUAAGUCGCAAUUAAACAACGUUAAACUCGCAGUUUCUCAUAAAUUAUCAUCAUCGUCAGGAUGGAACCGUACGCAUGGAACACGCAAUAUAUUAGCUGGAAGUUCUCUCCAUAAUAUGAUUAAUAAGAAGAAAGUAGUGGAUCCAAACUGCCGCAAUAUUCGAAUUUCAUGUAGAUUAUGGGUACUGAACAAUCCGAAUGCUUGCAAAGACAGAAAUCAUUUUAUGAGAGAGCAGUGCAAGCGAACCUGCAAAUUAUGCCCGUCUUUAACACGGUUUACUGAUUAG